AUGAAAGACCGUGGAUUACAGGCUUACUUUCAUAGAGAUGGAUUGUUCUUGUGUCAAGAAAAGUAUGCUACAGAUCUUCUCAUUAAUGCUGGAAUGAAAGAUUGCUCUCCAAUGCCUACUCCUCUUCCUCUGCAACUCGACAAGUUACAGGGUCAACAUGAGCUGUUUUCUGAUCCAACUUGUUUUAGGAGCUUAGCAGGAAAGCUUCAAUAUCUUACUUUAACUCGUCCAGACAUUCAGUUCUCUGUUAACUACGUCUAUCAAAAGAUGCACCAGCCGACAGUGUCAGAUUUUCAACUUCUGAAACGAUUACUUAGAUACGUUAAAAGCACAGUUCGAAUGGGGAUCAAUCUGUACAGCAACUCUGCUUCUAACCUCACCGCCUUUAGUGACAGUGAUUACGCAGGCUGCAAAGACACAAGACGUUCGACAGGCGGAUUCUGUACGUUUCUUGGAACCAAUAUCAUCUACUGGUCUGCUAAGCGCCAUCCCACAGCCUCCAAGUCUUCUACUGAAGCAGAGUAUCAAACUAUGUCAGAAGUGGCUUCGGAGAUGAAGUGGAUAUCAUCUCUCCUCCGCAAUCUGGGUAUAGCUCAACCAGACACCCUAGAACUCUUUUGUGAUAAUCUCUCUGCCAUAUACUUAUCAGCCAAUCCCACUCUUCAUAACCCGUCCAAACAUUUUGAUACUGAUUUUCACUAUGUGAGGGAACGUGUCUCCCUUGGCACAUUGGUGGUUAAACACAUUCCUACGCACUCCCGGAUCACAUAUGUGUUUACCAAGUCACUGCCUCAACAACCUUUUUGUGCUCUUCGUUCCAAACUUGGUGUUUGCUUACCACCCAACACAAUCGAGCUUAACAAAAGAAGAGAAGUGGGCCUUGCGACCAAACCAGAGCCCACCAAGUCUGUCCCACAAACUCUGCAUCAAGACAGAGGAUCUCUGCAGAACUGUGACGCAAGGACUGUUAAGUCUGUUCCUCAAAUUAAGUUGAGCACCACGGUCAAGCCUGCUCCCCAAAUCAAGCUGAACAACCGUUACGAUUGUCUCCUAUCACAAGAUGCCUUCGACAACUAG